GAGGUCCCUCCCCCUCCACCUCGGAGCCCUUUGACCCCGUUGUUAUGUCGGGCCUGAGCCGCCACUGCUGCUGCAUUCCAUAGCGCCCGGGAGCUACCCCUCCCCUUGCCUCGCGCCCUCCCUGCCGCCGGCCGCGCCAGCCCCGCCCCCCGGCUAACGGUCCGCACCCGCACCGCGCGCUCCCGCCUCCGAACCCCGGCCCGCGUGCCCGCGCCCCGGCCCCCCACACCUCUCCCCUCAGCCCGGAGCAGGAGGAAGAUGAAGGAGAUGAAGCAGCGGAGGAAGAAGGAGCGCACGUGGGCUGAGGCCGCCCGCCUGGUGUUGGAAAACUACUCUGAUGCUCCUAUGACCCCGAAACAGAUUCUGCAGGUCAUAGAGGCUGAGGGACUAAAGGAAAUGAGGUCAGUAUUGAUCUUCUUUGGCACUUCGCCCCUGGCCUGCCUCAAUGCCAUGCUACAUUCCAAUUCAAGGGGAGGUGAUGGACUCUUUUACAAAUUGCCUGGACGUAUCAGCCUUUUCACACUCAAGAAGGAUGCCUUGCAGUGGUCUCGGAACCUAUCUGUGGCAGAGGGAGAGGAGCUGGAUGAUGCAGAAAGCUGUGGGUCCAAUGAAGCCAGCACUGUGAGUGGUGAUAAUGAUGUGUCUCUUGAUGAAACCUCUUCUAAUGCGUCCUGUUCCACUGAAUCUCAGAGUAAGAGUCUCUCCACUUCCAGAGAGAGCUGCAGAGCAGCCUCACAGACAAGCAAACAAAAGAAAAAGACUGGUGUGAUGUUGCCCCGAGUUGUCCUGACUCCACUGAAAGUAAAUGGGGCACAUAUGGAGUCAGCCUCAGGUUUCACAGGAAGGCAUGCUGAUGGAGAAAGCAGCAGCACUUCCAGCAGCAGCCGCUCCUCUUUGGCCCUGUGUAGUGCCACGAUGCGCAGUAGGACAGAAAUCACCAGGGAUACUCCACAGCUGCUGAGAGGUAUCCGGAAGCCAGCUGCUGGGCAAAUGAAACGAAACAGAGGUGAGGAUAUAGAUUUUGAGACACCUGGUUCCAUUCUCGUCAACACAAAUCUCCGGGCACUGAUAAACUCCAGAACCUUCAAUGUACUCCCCCAACACUUCCAACAGCAACUCCUCUUCCUCUUGCCAGAAGUUGACAGACAGAUGGGGGCAGAUGGGCUGAUGCGUCUCAGUGGCAGUGCUCUCAAUAACGAGUUCUUCACCCAUGCUGCUCAGAGCUGGAGAGAGCGACUGGCUGAUGGUGAAUUCACUCAUGAGAUGCAGGUUAGAAUACGCCAGGAAAUGGAGAAAGAGAAGAGGGUGGAGCAGUGGAAAGAGAAGUUCUUUGAAGACUACUAUGGACAAAAGUUGGGUUUGACUAGAGAAGAAUCACAACAGCAGAAUUCAGUACAAGAUGAUGCUGAGAACAGGACGGGAUUGUCUGUUCAGGGAGAAGCAGCAAAGCCACAGCAUGGUCCUUCCACACGUCAGCGAGAUGGACACUUCAAGAAACGCUCUCGGCCAGAUCUGCGAUGCAGAGCAAGGAGGAGCCUGUACAAAAUACGUGAGCCCGACCAGUCUGAGACCCCCAAAGAGACUGCGUCUGUGGGACCAGAUUCCUCCUUCCAUAAAGAGACUAAAGCUGAGGUGGAUUUGGGAGGAGAUGAUCUGACAGGCUCUUCAUCUGCAUCUUUGAAGCCAGAGAGUUCAGAAUUGCUGUUUUCUCCAGAGGCUUCCAGACUGCACAGUAAAAUGGAAGAUCUGUCAUUUGCAGCUGCAUCUGUAAACCGAAUUCCCAGUUUGCCCCAAGAAAACUUAGAUCGGGAGUCAAAGGACCAGAAAAGGAAAUGCUUUGAGGAGGCUGCCUCUACCUCCUUCCCCGAAAAGAAGCCCCGGCUUGAAGAUCGUCAGUCCUUUCGUAACACAAUUGAAAGUGUUCACCCAGAAAAGCCACAGCCUACUAAAGAGGAACCAAAAGUCCCACCCAUCCGGAUUCAACUUUCACGUAUCAAACCACCCUGGGUGGUUAAGGGUCAGCCCGCUUACCAGAUAUGCCCCAGGAUCAUCCCCAACACGGAGUCCUCUGGUCGGGGCAGAACUGGUGCCAGAACACUCGCAGACAUUAAAGCUCGUGCUCUGCAAGCCCGAGCCCAGCGAGAGGCCGCUACAGCUGCCAUUGGAGGUGGGGGUGGGCCAGGAGGAGGAGGGAACAGCACAGAUAAAGGAGGUGGUGGAGGAGACUCCAGUAGCCAUACAGAGUGCAGGAGAUCAAAGAGAACUCAUGGAAGGUGUGCGUCAGAUCUACAACGAACACAAUUACUGCCGCCUCUCCAUCUAGAUGGAGAAAAGACUAACUUUGCUGAGGUAGCUGUACAGGUAGCUAAAAUAAAUGUAUGUGAACCUGCAAAACAGGACCCCUACACCCCUAAUGGUAUGGGAGCCUUCAUUCUUGAACAUGCUGCAGAUGUUGUCUCAGGUGGAACAGAAGAUGUUGCUCAACAUGCUGACGGUUUAGCUAACAGCCAGCUUGGUGAUGCUUUGACUGGACCAUCUUUUGACACUGCAGCUUCUCUGGGGCGGGAGGAGAACUUUGAGCAGUGCCUCCAUGACGUAAGAACUGAAAAUGCACCGCAUAUUGCCUCUCAGGAAGGGCAGAGUAAUAAGCAAGAAUGCAGCGUUCCUCCUGAGAAUGAUCUGUUUUGUUCUCAGGUACAGGGGUCUGCAGUUUAUCUCAUAGAUGAUAUCAAUGUUGUACCAAGAAUUGAAGAUGUUGGCACUCCCGUAGAGUUGAAUUGUAGUUCUCCUAUGAAGGAAACUUUCUCCAAUAAUUCUAGCCUUACCCCAGAAUUCUCAUCAGAUGGUAAAGAACAACAUGAGCCAGAAAUUGAAGCUAGAUUUAAUGGAUCAAAGCCACCCAUGGGAAAAUGUGUAGCUGAUCAUGAUGAUUCAAAAACGAAUACUGUUGGAAUGGAGAACAUGGGCUCAGAGUUACAUGCCUUUACACACCUACAGACAGGAAAACAGCAUGAAAGUGAACUACAGAAUGGAGAACAGUAUAAAGGGUCUUUGGUGAAACCUUUUUCACUUGGUGGUUUAACUGUUCAGAAUGGAAUAGGUACCUCUGAGAAGCUUCCACAGCUGUGGGAGAGGCCAUCAGGAGCAAACACAGAAAAUGUAUGUCAACACAUGAGAGAGACACAAGGAUUUAAGACAAAUGGAGAUGAUGAAAUCCAGAGUACGCAUAGCGAAACAACAGAUACUGCUUCAGAUUUUGAAGCUGACCUAACUGAUGAGAAUGUGGAGGUGGAUAUAUACUUCAGGAAUAUCCACCUUAAGGAGGCUACAGGAAAAGGAAAUGCCAGCCAUAAGCGCAACACUGAGAGAGAUGAAGGGAUUAGAUCGAACUCUUCUGUGAACACUGAGAGUCUCCCAUACAUGGUGGACUUGCCAUCAGUAACAAUGGUGAGCAACGUGUCUCAGCCUCAGAGAUGGGCACCACAUAUGCCUCUUCCUCAAAAACCUUCUGAGAGUCAGAAAAAGCCACCAGGCUCCACUCGGCCCAUAUCUUCUAUUGAAGCCAGCAACCCUCUGGUGAUGCAGUUACUUAAGGGGAACCUUUCUUUGGAAAAGGUUCUACCAGUAUCACAUGCCAGCAUCAAGUUGGAAAUUACGGAGUCACUUCUGGACAGACCAUCAGAAAACCACUCAUUACAAGUGGAGAGAAGUAGCAAUUGCUGCUUUGGCCAAGAGUCUUCCCAAGAUGUGGGAAUAAAUACAAGUAACCUAAGCAGAAGUGAUGAUUUCCACUCUCCAAGUGCUUUAAGAGAUCCUCAGAAAAAACAGUGCAACUCUGGGACGGUACUGCCCAAAACAGAAAGCAUGGAGAACCAGCCUGAUGUUCCAGACAAGCAUUCCAAAGUUGGCCGUAACUUGAGCUCUCCAGACCAACUGGCAAGUAUGGUGAGUGGCUCUCAGAAACCUAAAGAGUUGGGCCCUAGAGAAAGAACAUCAUCUUCCUGUAGCUUUGAAGAUCAAAAAGAGCUGCCCCUGGUCCAUGGUGUCCCACAGCACAGUCCACUAACAAAUACUAUUACAAGUGAAAGCCCUGAAAAGUUAAACCCACCUGCAGCACCUAGAUUUUUAUCUCCAAAUGUAACCUCUCUUGAUCCAAAUCGGAUCGGUGGAACCUCAAUUAAUAAAAGUUGUGUUGGCGUCCAGGGCAAAAAGCUCUUUGGUUCUGGUUUUCCUUGCAACGCUGCUGCUAGAUUGCAUCAUCCAAGAGCUUUGGAGCACAUUGCAACCAUGGGAACCGCAUCCCCCAGCAAGCAGAUUUCACUAAAUAAGAGCUCUGCAUCUGGAGAAGGAGCACCAACUGUCAGGGAAGACUGGCCUUCGAAGCAACAUGCAAACACUCUAGGAGGAAUAAAAAAUGAGAACGUACUAGCCUGUGGAGGCCCAACCAAGGGUAGUAUCAUGAAGAACAGGAAGGAUGUUACACGCAACCCAGUGGAACUGAUGGAGCAUUUGCAGAGUGUUCCCUUUGUUAUGGACUUGCCAUUUUUCAAGUUACCAAGAGAACCGGGAAAAGGACUCAAUCAGCCCUUGGAGCCUUCUUCCAUCCCCUCUCAGCUCAAUAUCAAACAAGCAUUUUAUGGGAAGCUUUCUAAGCUGCAGCUUCAUUCCACCAGCUUUAAUUAUUCAUCCAACACAACUCCAGCUUUUCCGAGAAGCCUUGCUGGAAGCGUGAUGCAGCUAAGCCACAAAGCGAACUUUGCUGCAAACCAUAAUACUUCCCUUUCUGUGCAGAUGUUUGCUGAUAGCAGCAGUGUUGAAGAAAUAUCACUCAAAUGUUCCUGCAGCCUUAAAGCCAUGAUUAUGUGUAAAGGAUGUGGGGCAUUUUGUCACGAUGACUGUAUAGGACCCUCGAAGCUUUGUGUAUUGUGCCUUGUGGUGAGAUAAUAAAUUAUGGCCAUCGGGAAAAUUGUAUAUUUAGUGUGUGUAUUUUGAUAACUGACCCUAAAACCUGUACACAAAAUAUUAUUCUGUUUAUAAUAGACACAAUAUUACACUUUAAGUUUUGGUGAGAGAGUUGAUUUGCCUUCCCACUAAAAUUCACAGUGCAAAACCUGUUGUUCUUACUCACAGUUACACUCCCCAAUCUGUGGGUUGUGCCCUACUGGAGCAAUCUUCUGCUUAACGCCAUCAUGGAAAUGUUGAUUUGUGCUCUGGGCACACGUGCUGAGGCUACUACCUGACUGAGAGGCAGUUUGCUCUGGAAAUCCAUGGACCUUUUCUAAAGGAAACGUUUACAUCCAAAGGAACUGGAACAGAGUGCUGUCUGUUUUUAAGGGCUGAGCUAGGUUAGUCCCAGCCAUGCCUUAGCAGAGCAGAAUACAGUCUUCCACUCUCCGUUCCCUGUCUGUGUGGAAAAAGUACUACUGUACAAUAAAUGUGGACAUGAAGCUUCUCUAUAGGUGGUGGCUGUGCAGUACUUUGAAUGCUACAGCAGAAUCAAGUAACUAGUAAAACACUCGGCAGGUGGCUGAAGAGCCAUAUAUGGGUGAUUGCAUAUUGGAUGGAGCCAGUUAAGGGAAUGAAAGAAGCAAAUAGUAGUGGCUGCCAGCUUCAAUGCCUUCUGCUGGACUGAAUAAGAUGUGUAGUCUGUGGAACUGUUGGACCAGGCUGCCUCUUCUGGCCAAAUGUUGCUACAGACUUGUAUGAAAAGCCAAGGAGUUCAUUAGUGUGGCCGGUAACCUCCCCAUAUUACAGCCCUACAAUGAGAACCUUGCCAUGCCAGCAUCUGACCACCUGUAAGUGUCUGGCUGUGCAUCUGUGUGUGAUGGUCAUUUUACAUUCUAAGCGGUGUUUCCUUUUUUUUUUUUUAAUAUUUUAACUUUUCAUUCUUGGAUGUAUAAAGUGAAUUAUUUGAUUCUUGUAAGUAUCCUCUAUGCAUCUGUUUGAUCAUGUAUUUAUAUGUUGUACACAGUACUGGCCAAUUCUGUAAAUGGAUGUAAUGUACAUAGAACAUAAAGGGUUUUUUUUUUGUUUCUUUAUUUUCAGGCUCUACAGCAGUAUUACAUUAAAGUGGUGUUAGUUCUUAAUCUACAUCUGUAGUCAAAGCCACUGUAUUCUGUGCUGCCUAAUGUGAGGCUGAACAUGCAAAGGGGUCACUCUUGGUUCAGAUUGCCUCCCUCUGGCCUCCGUGGCUUUGCUGUGGGCAGAUAGACUGCAACAUGCAAUCUCAAGGAUGCCUGCCCUGAUUUGCUGAGCUGGAUGUAAUUUGCUCCUCGCUCUUCUAAAAAAUAUUUCUAUAACAGUUACUGGUCCUUGUCAGAGUCUCCAUGGACAGCUUGUGUGAAAGCCCGUAUGUAUCCAGAAUUGAUGCGAGCAGAAAAAGUGACCAACCCUCCUUUGAGUGUUUGCCUCUCGGGAAUGGGUUGCUCUAAGUGGGGAAGAAGCAAACCUACCAUUUCAUUUACCAGCUUUCUCCCACCCCUUUCCUAGCUCCUACCUACCUCUUUCUUGACUAUGCUUUUUUUUUUUAAUUGUAGACCUCCCUGUUUGAGAGCUGUAGAGAGUGUAAAAUCUGUGGGCUGCAGAAACCUUCUUCGUCUCUGAAAUGGUUUACCCAUAACCCAGGUGGCAGUUUGAUAUUGUGAAAUGGGAGAAAGAGAGACGGGGGUGAAUUGAAAUGCAGUAUUAGUGAAGUCUUGAGGGGAUGGUGUGAAAACCUGCUUACCAAAGAUAGGGAGCAGAGCUGGGGCAGUCUGGCUCUGUAUCCUUUGGGGCCACUGUAGGGUACAGAUUGAAGCUGGUCUGGUCUGCAGAGCUCCCCAGCAGGGCCCUGCUCUUGUAUGUCCCUUGUGGUAUUGGAAAAAUAAACAUUCUGUAAAACCUG